UCCCCAGGGGAAGAGAGAGGAGAGCAAGAAAUGGGGAGUGCUUGAAGAGACUGUCGGACAAGUUCUCUGCUGCGUGUCCAUGGACCUCCUCUGAGCACUUGGCUGUGUGGAGUGGGCAGGUCAAGGAGCUGCUCUCCCGACCUUAAAGGUGCUGCCGAGCCUCCUCUUCCUCCCCGAAAGCAACCGCACAUAGAACAUACGCCGCGUGGACUUUGCUGAGCUAGAAUCUGUACCAAAACAGGUUCCUGGGCCUGGCAGCCAUGGCGUCUCCAUCAAGGAACUCACAAAAUCGGCGUCGGUGCAAAGAGCCCCUCAGAUACAGCUAUAACCCUGACCAGUUCCAUAACAUGGACAUCAGGAACAAUUCCCAUGAGACGGUCACUAUUCCUAGGUCUACCAGUGACACGGACCUUGUCACUUCGGACAGCCGAUCUACCCUGAUGGUCAGCAGCUCCUACUAUUCCAUCGGGCACUCACAGGACCUAGUGAUAUACUGGGAUAUAAAGGAGGAAGUGGAUGCAGGGGACUGGAUUGGCAUGUAUCUCAUUGAUGAAGUUUUGUCCGAAAACUUUUUGGACUACAAGAACCGUGGCGUCAAUGGCUCUCAUCGUGGUCAGAUUGUCUGGAAGAUUGAUGCUAGUUCUUACUUUGUGGAGCCUGAAACAAAGAUCUGCUUCAAAUACUAUCAUGGUGUGAGCGGGGCACUACGAGCCACAACUCCGAGUGUCACAGUGAAAAACAACGCAGCUCCCCAGAUUUUUAAAACCAUCACCAAUGAAGAUUCAAUCCAGGGACAGGGAAGUCGGAGACUGAUAAGUUUUUCAUUGUCAGAUUUCCAGGCUUUUGGUCUGAAGAAAGGAAUGUUCUUCAAUCCAGAUCCUUACUUGAAAAUUUCCAUCCAGCCUGGAAAACAUAGCAUCUUUCCAGCGCUUCCUCAUCAUGGACAGGAGAAAAGGUCGAAGAUCAUUUGUAAUACAGUAAACCCAAUCUGGCAAGGAGAGCAAUUCAGCUUUGUCUCCCUGCCCACGGAUGUCCUGGAAAUAGAAGUUAAGGACAAAUUUGCAAAGAGCCGACCGAUCAUCAAGCGUUUCCUGGGAAAACUCUCUAUGCCAGUUCAGCGCCUCUUGGAAAGACAUGCCAUAGGGGACAGGGUUGUAAGCUACACUCUUGGUCGCAGGCUUCCUACAGAUCAUGUCAGUGGCCAGCUGCAGUUCCGAUUUGAGAUAACUUCUUCUAUCCAUCCAGAUGAUGAAGAGGUCUCCAUUAGUGCAGAUCCUGAGCCAGCUGACCUCCAGGAAAGCCCUGUGAACAACCCCACAGAGGAAAGCCUCGGUGAGCCUCCAUGCAUCAACACAGUGACCUCAGAAAAUACAGCUCCAGAAGAGCUAAAUGGAUACAGUGUGAACAGUAUCGAUAGUCCAGGGGCUGUCAAACCACCUGGGGAAGUCAACCAGAACAACGUAAAGGAAGAGCUAGCAGGAGAUGGGGAGGUUGAUACGGUGCCAGUUCCUGAGCCCUUGGAAUCCAUCCCAGGAGAAGUGCUGCCUUCUUUGAGUGCCACGGACCUCACGGAGCAGCUGGCUCUGCUGGCUUGCAUGUCUCCUCCUGAGACUGAAGCUAGGGAAAACAACAAAGUCAAUUCUGGUUCUCAGGAAGAUGGAGUCUUGAAUAGCACAGAAGCUUUAGAUGUCAAUGAGGUGAGUGCAGAUGUGCAAGCUGCCAAGGAUCUACAGAAGAGUCAGGAAGAAGGGGCUUCAGCCCAGGAGGAGGAAGACAGCAAGCUCCAACUGAGGACCACAGCAAAGAGGAAAACCAGGCCAUGCUCCUUGCCUGUGUCUGAACUUGAGACAGUUAUAGCUUCAGCUUGUGGUGAGCCAGAGACCCCUCGCACGCACUAUAUACGGAUCCACAACCUGCUCCACAGCCUGCCCUCAGCACAGAUGAGCAGCGAUGGGGAAGAAGAGCAAGAUGGUGGCAACGGUGGGGAGAACGAUGAAGAGUCCACAGUCAAGGAGGCAUUGGAUAAGGAGGUGGUCAGUGAGAGUGAGACAAUGGCAGCAGAGCCUCCUCUGGAAAAUGAGGUCGAAGAGAACUUCAGCCAAUGCACGGUGCCUCCCGGGACCUUGGACGAGCAACUCUCUGACUUAAAUGAUGGGCUGUUGGACGAGGAACACCCCAGGACAGGAAGCGAGAGCGAGUCGAGCUCCAGGCCUAAUGGUGACAACGAAUGUGAGGCGUGCGACACCUCUUGCUACAGCCCCUCCUGCUACAGCACCUCCUGCUACAGCACCUCCUGCUACAGCACCUCUUGCUACAGCACCUCCUGCUAUGACAGUAACAAUCGCUUCUCCAGCCACACCCGCUUCUCCUCUGUCGACAGUGCAAAGAUUUCUGAGAGCACGGUCUUUUCCUCACAAGAUGAUGAGGAGGAGGAGAACAGUGCUUUUGAGUCAGUGCCAGAUUCAGUACAGAGCCCUGAGCUGGACAGGGAGCAAGUGGAUGGCUCCUCCCAGUGGCCAGAUGAACUAGUAGCUCAUGGUGGGAAUCCACAAAGAGCCACAGAAAGUCUAGACACCCCAAUAGCAGGUCCAAGCAGCAGAAGAGAAGGUGAUUGUCCUUUACUCCAUAAUUCUCAGCCAGUCAGCCAGCUUCCUUCUCUGAGGCCUGACCAUCAUCACUACCCAACUAUCGAUGAGCCUCUUCCACCAAAUUGGGAAGCUCGGAUAGACAGCCACGGGAGAGUAUUCUAUGUCGAUCACGUCAACCGAACCACCACGUGGCAGCGCCCCACAGCCGCAGCAACACCAGAUGGGAUCCACAGGUCUGGCUCUAUCCAGCAAAUGGAGCAGCUGAACCGGCGAUACCAAAAUAUCCAGCGAACUAUUGCAACGGAGCGGACUGAAGAUGAUGGUGUAGUAAACAGGGUGGAGAGAGUUCCCACUGGAGGAGGAAGUGACUCUGAGGCAGAGCCUUCCCAACCAAGCUCAGAGAUUAGGAGGGAAGGUUCACUUUCUCCUGUGAAUUCUCAAAAAAUCACCUUACUGCUGCAGUCUCCAGCUGUGAAGUUUAUCACCAAUCCUGAGUUCUUCACUGUGCUGCAUGCAAACUAUAGUGCCUAUCGAGUCUUUACUAACAGUACCUGCUUGAAGCAUAUGAUUCUGAAGAUCCGUAGAGAUGCUCGUAAUUUUGAGCGCUAUCAGCACAACAGAGACCUGGUAAAUUUUAUAAACAUGUUUGCUGACACCCGACUAGAACUUCCUCGUGGCUGGGAGAUAAAAACUGACCAGCAGGGCAAGUCUUUCUUCGUUGACCACAACAGCCGUGCUACCACUUUCAUAGAUCCCAGGAUCCCACUGCAGAACGGUCGUCUCCCUAAUCACCUGACUCACAGGCAACAUCUUCAGCGACUUCGUAGCUACAGUGCUGGAGAGGCCUCUGAAGUCUCUCGGAACAGAGGAGUUACUCUGUUGGCCAGACCAGGCAAUAGUCUUGUAACAGCUAUUCGAAACCAGCAUCAUCAUGAGACAUUACCUCUGGCUUACAAUGACAAGAUUGUUGCAUUUCUACGCCAACCCAACAUUUUUGAGAUGCUGCAGGAGCGUCAGCCCAGCUUGGCCAGAAACCAUGCACUCAGGGAGAAGAUCCAUUACAUUCGGACAGAGGGUACACAUGGGCUUGAAAAGUUGUCCUGUGAUGCAGAUUUAGUAAUUCUGCUGAGCCUUUUUGAAGAAGAUAUUAUGUCCUACAUACCACUGCAGGCCGCUUUCCAUCCUGGUUACAGUUUCUCUCCUCGCUGCUCACCCUGCUCAUCACCCCAAAAUUCUCCAGGACUGCAGCGAGCAAGUGCAAGAGCACCCUCUCCAUACAGGAGGGACUUUGAAGCCAAGCUACGCAAUUUCUAUCGAAAACUUGAAGCCAAAGGAUAUGGGCAAGGUCCAGGUAAAAUUAAGUUAAUUAUACGGCGUGACCACUUGCUGGAAGGCACCUUCAACCAGGUAAUGGCAUAUUCACGCAAGGAGCUCCAGCGGAACAAACUCUACGUCACGUUUGUUGGCGAGGAAGGGCUGGACUACAGUGGCCCCUCACGAGAAUUCUUCUUCCUUCUGUCUCAGGAGCUCUUCAAUCCCUAUUAUGGGCUGUUUGAGUAUUCAGCCAAUGACACUUACACUGUACAGAUCAGCCCCAUGUCUGCCUUUGUUGAAAAUCACCUAGAAUGGUUCAGGUUCAGUGGUCGUAUUCUUGGCCUUGCGCUCAUUCAUCAAUACCUUCUUGAUGCUUUCUUCACAAGGCCGUUCUACAAAGCACUACUAAGGCUGCCGUGUGAUUUAAGUGACUUAGAGUACCUGGAUGAAGAGUUCCAUCAGAGCUUGCAGUGGAUGAAGGAUAAUAACAUCACAGAUAUCCUGGAUCUCACCUUCACAGUGAACGAGGAGGUGUUUGGACAGGUGACAGAGAGAGAGUUGAAAUCUGGAGGGGCAAAUACAGCAGUGACAGAAAAGAACAAAAAAGAGUACAUCGAGAGAAUGGUUAAGUGGCGAGUGGAACGAGGAGUGGUUCAGCAAACAGAGGCCCUGGUCCGUGGCUUCUACGAAGUUGUAGACUCCAGGCUUGUCUCUGUUUUUGAUGCCAGAGAACUGGAGCUGGUUAUAGCUGGCACUGCAGAAAUAGAUCUCAAUGACUGGCGUAACAACACAGAAUAUCGUGGAGGUUACCAUGAUGGACACAUAGUAAUACGGUGGUUCUGGGCAGCAGUAGAGAGAUUUAACAAUGAGCAGAGACUCCGGUUGUUGCAGUUUGUCACUGGAACAUCAAGUGUGCCAUACGAGGGCUUUGCAGCUCUCCGAGGGAGCAAUGGACUUCGUCGCUUCUGUAUAGAGAAAUGGGGAAAAAUAACUUCCCUCCCAAGGGCGCACACGUGUUUCAACCGUUUGGAUCUUCCACCUUACCCCUCAUAUUCUAUGCUGUAUGAAAAGCUGUUGACAGCUGUUGAAGAAACUAGCACCUUUGGACUUGAAUGAGGGGGUUCAGGCACUUCUUGUGUUUCUCUGGCUGUUGAUGUCAUCUUUCCAACAUCAUUUGAUCUUGGUUUCCCAUGUUUUUAUUUUUGAAAACAAAACAAAAAAAAUCAAGAUUGACAAAAGCUGUGCAUGAAGAACUGCCACCCUCUAAGAUCUAACCUUCAUGCUUUCAUCCUGUUUCCAAUGGACUGCUAGUCUGUAUGCAAUAGAAAAACAACUGUCUCAAGGUUUCUGUAUAUCUCUACAUACCUCCAUUAAUAACAAUGAAAAUACAAAUGCAAGUUACACUACACUUGACCAAAUGUUAAUAAAUGUUUACUUCCACCUACGUUGAUUAAAAAAUAAAAAAAAAACUCAUCAAGCA